AUGGAUGUAAAGCACUGCAAAUUGAGUUUCAAAAGGAAGCUCUUUCGUUCACAUGAUAUUCAGCAUGAUGGCAAAAGCAAGAUCGUUUUCCACAUUCUUUCCAUCUGCAUUAAAAACCCAAGACGUCUUUUCUUCCUGGUAGCGACAAUGCUCUGCUGUUCUACGGCCACCAUUGCUGGAAACAAAUUAAAUUGUUUUGUCUUUAGCGAGAUGCUUACUUCAAUUUUCUUCUCUUCCCUGGAAUCUACCAUCUUUCUUCAUCUUUGA